AUGGCGGCGGUGGAGAAGGUAGAGGGGAACCCAGCGCCACGGCGCGAAAGCGCUGAAAAGGACAAUGCCUCGCACACCAGCACCAACGAUGACGACGACGACAGCACCGACAGGGUGGACCAGAACUCCCUCAGAAGACAUAUCAGUAUUGCGAGCGCCGAGGGGGCUGCCGCCGGCGCUGCGGCAGAAAUGUCCAUGGCCGCCGAGUCAAUUGUGCAGACCGACCCCAAUGCCAUAGGAUGGGACGGACCCGACGACCCUGCAAACCCGAUGAACUGGCCGGACCACAAGAAGUGGUCUACGGUGGUUAUAAUCUCACUUAUGACGGUUUUGACCCGUGGAUGA